GUCAAUUGACAGCUCUACUGCAAGCUCGACAAUCAGGUCCCAUAAACAUCAAAGUAGACUUACAGCAUUCAACAUCUCUAGAUCAACGCCGAUCAACCGCGCGUUGAUCGAUCGGGAACCUCAUUUUUUGGAAGAAAAUUUCAGAAUCCAACAGUCCAUAACUGAUAUUGGGUGAAGCCACUUUUAUAGCCUAAAGCAAGAAUAAUGCGCGAUCGGCCAGCGGCGGCGAAUAAAGUGACAAAGAAGACGCGAAAUGGACCUCGCGGCGCAAACGCGAAAGCGAGGUCCGCAAAGCGAGCUCGAAAAUUCAACGACGAAUUGAAUGAUAACAGCACAUCCCCAGACCCUAGCAUCGCAUCCGAAGUAGAUGAUGAAGCCAGAACCUUGGAUCAGUCCAAGUCAUCCAAGCAGACACGAGGCCGACCAAAGGCAUCCAAGGAUCGAGAUGGUAUAUACAGUUCCAAGGGCCGCUCAAACAAAGAUGAAGAUGCCGAUGGCAUGAGUGGCUUGGAGGAUCAAGAUUCAAACGGAGACGAUAUCCGACGACAGCUUUCCGAAUUAAAGAAGCAAUAUUCGAAACUGGAAGCAAGUUAUCAAGAGCUUCAGGAGCUAGGCGUGAAGAAGGCCGAACAAAACUUCGAGCUGCUCAAGGCGCAAGCCGAGGAAAACACGAGAGUUGCCAAUGAGUUGAUCGCGCAACUCAAGGAAGAGGUAGCCGAGCAAUCGAAAUCUAUCCAGCGAGCAGAGAAGGUGCAGGCACAGCUAGGCCAGAGCGAGACCGAGGCAGACACUUUGCGCGCCCAGCUGGCGGAGGCGAACCAGUCACUAUCCCAGGCCAAAUCCGAGACGAAGACGCUAUACACAAAACUGGCAGCGAGCAGGCAAAUCGAACCAAACAAUAAAGGAUCUGCGCCUGGGAACCGGGCGGCGCUUUCGGAAAAGGAAAACAAACAAGUUACUCAAGUCAAAGAAGAUUUGUUCGCUGAUCUGACAGGCCUUAUCGUCAGAGAUGUGCGACGCAUCGACAAGGAAGACGUCUUUGACUGCUUACAGACUGGGCGCAACGGAACUCUCCACUUCAAGCUUGCGCUAGAGGAUAUGGACUCAGCCGACAGUUACGAAGAUGUGCAAUUCACGUACCGUCCGCAACUAGACGCCAGUCGCGAUGGCGAUUUGAUAGAAGCUCUCCCCGACUACCUUAUUGAAGAGAUUACGUUCCCUCGAAAUCAGGCGCCCAAAUUCUAUGCCAGAGUAAUAAAGUCACUAAUGGAGCGUUUGGAUUAGGGUCGCAUAAUGCAAAUAGAGCUAAAAUAAGCUUGUGCCGAGCAUGUAUAUAUAUUCGUAUUAGUUGGAAAUUGACUACGAAGUGCUCCGUAUGGAGUCCAGCAUUUGGAUAUGUCCUGCCUGAGACGGAAGCAUGUGAGAGCCCACGUAUAAGUUCUUUAGUAAUUUGUCAUGGCGGAUUGGUAGACUACUGGCAUAGCUCGCGGGGAAGUGGAAUCGCAUUUGGAAAACAAAAAUUGAUCAGGG